AAAAGUUCUUUGUUAAUCCAUAGGUUAAUCGAGUCUAACCCGGAAGUUAAUAAAAAGUGGAGAAAAGUUUCUUCAACUUUCUGACUAACGCAGAGAUGGCUAACCGUCCAAGACCUACGAGGCCACCGCCUUUGGUCCCAAAACCAGGUCAAGUAAAAGUCGUACAAGCUCUAUAUAAAUAUGAUGCACAACAGCCAGAUGAAUUAUCUUUUGAUGAAGGAGAUACAUUAUAUAUUCUCGAUAUGUCAGAUUCUAAUUGGUGGAAAGCUAAAUGUGGUAAAAGAGCUGGUCUCAUACCCAGUAACUAUGUGAGUGAACAUACAGAAUCAAUAGAUCAUCCAUUACAUGAAGCAGCUAAAAGAGGUAACAUGGAUUUUAUGAGUGAAUGUAUAGCAAAUAGAGUGUCUGUGAAUGGAUUAGAUAAAGCAGGAUCAACACCUUUACAUUGGGCAUCACAUGGUGGACAUAUGGAAUGUUUAAAAUCUUUACUCGAUGUUGGUAAUUGUGAAGUUGAUGUUAAGAACAAGUUAGGUGAUACACCACUUCAUUCAGCAGCUUGGAAAAAUCAUGCCGAGGCAGUACGGAUGUUACUUAGUUUUGGUGCAAACCCAAAUAUAAGGAAUAAUGAUGGUAAACUUCCAGUAGAAUUAACGAAAGAUCCACAAACAGCUGCCUUAUUAAAAGAAGCAGCUGGAUUGACAUCGGAUAGAUAUUCCGAAGGUUAUGUGGAUGAUGAAGAUUCAGAUUAGAAGAGUAUAUAAGUAUAAUAACAUAUAUAUAUUAUAAACAACUGGGGACCAUUAUACCUCUCUCUUUUAUUACAGUACAUCAAAUUUAAAUCUUUAUCAUACAAUUUAUCUCAUGUUACACAAAACGAUCUGUUAUUUAAAUUUUAUUUUGCUAAUAAGAUAUAAAGCUUUAUGUACAGCAUUUGUAGUAAGUUUGUACUUAAUUGUCGUUAACUAUUUUCAAACAGUAGGCUUGGAAAUAAUGAUUGUAUGUAUAUAUGACAAAUCAACUAGUAUCAGACAUUUUUAGCCUUUUGUCGGGCAUAUAUUAAAAUAUCAAUAACAAAACAAAAAAAAUGGGAUUAUGUCUGAUGAAGCCUGCUGUCUGAUGCUGUCUGUGACAGGUAUGUAUUUCCGGCUUUAAAAUAAAUUCAUUUUCUGUAACAUACAUUUACUUUUGUUUUAGAUCAUUUAAAAAAUAACAGUAUUUUUGUAUAUUUGAGUUUCUAAGGUAUUAAAAUCAUGUUACCAUUAGUUGAUUACGUUAGUUUUAUUAUUCACAUAAAGCUUAUGAAUUAUAUCUUCGUAAACAUUGUCAUUAUGUCUUUCAAGCAAACAUCAUGCUUUAUUCUGAAUUUCCACAUUGUAUUAUAUUGUCUUUUUAAACAUGUAACACUGAGAGAGAAAGAAUGGUAUUUAACUCUGUAGGGAGAUAUACAAAGGUUAAUAAGAUCAUUUUAUUCUGAUUUUACUCAAUUUCUAAUGAAUAUUGACAAAUAAAUUGGUUUAAUAGUUGCUGAGAAAAAGGCACUUUUAUUCCAGGGUCUCACACAAUUAUGUUACACAAGUGUGAAAUUUGUUUGAACCUGCUAAAACAACUAAUCCUACACUUUUCAAACCUGAGUUUCACAUCAUACAUAGAGACAACAAAUCUUCCCUCUAAUAUUAAUAUGGAAAUAUCCUUAUUUGGGUAGGGAGAACCUAUUAAUAUUAUUUUGUCUUUGAUCCCUUGAAGACUACUGAAUGAUUCAAAUGACCAUCAAUACAUGUAUGUCAUUAUGCAACAUUAAAUUUUAAGGAGGAUUAUAAAAGUGAAUUGUUAAACUUGUACAUGUUUUUAUUUAAUGUAUGUAAUUAUUAUAUUUGCUGUUAUUUAUCUAAGUUUAUUUCUUGUUGAUAUUAUUUUAACUAUUCAUGGCUAUUUGUGAUCAGUUGUUUGCACUUUUCUCUUGAUUUUAAAAAAAAAAGAAU